UGGCAAUCAUCUGACAAGGGUGACGUGACAAGUUGCCAGUUGUUGGAAGUGUUGGCAAAGCAUCAUUUACCACCUCUUACCUCUUCAUCUUCAACAUAUUUUUUCGUUUCGUGGCCACUUUUGAAAUUGCAUUACAUUCUUUUUUCCUUUCAUUUCAGUCUGUUUAUAACUAAAGAAAAAUGCUGCAAAAACUGGCAAUAUUAUUCGCAGCUUUCACUGUGGCCAUUUGUGUCGAAGAAAAAACUGGAGAAAUCCAAGGGGCCAGGCUAUUGAUCUCCAAGCAAAUCCUUAACAGAUAUCUUGUAGAAGGGAAAGAUAUUGAAGUUCGUUAUUCUCUACACAACAUCGGAAAGUCACCUGCUGUUCAAGUAGAACUUAAAGACAACGGUUUCAAUUCUGAUGCCUUCGAAGUUGUAGGUGGUCAUUUGUCUACUAAGUUUGCCAGGAUCCCACCAGAAUCUAACUUCACACAUGUAGUGGUAGUGCGACCCAACAAAUAUGGAUAUUUCAAUUUCAGCAGUGCAGAGGUCUCAUACAAAGUUUCUGAUGCUCCAGAUGCUCAGACUCAAGUAUCAUACAGCAGUGAACCUGGUGAGGGUGGAAUUGUAGCUUUCCGUGACUACGAUAAGAAAUUCUCAUCACAUUAUUGGGAUUGGUUGGCCUUCGCCCUUAUGACCUGUCCAUCUUUAGUCAUCCCGUUGGUCUUGUGGUACAACAGCAAGAGCUCAUAUGAAAAAGUGAGCAAGCCAAGCAAAAAGAAUUAGCAUGACUGAGCAUUAAUUUAUUUUGUGUUAAUUGUGUUAGGAAGUUUACAAAAUGUCAUCAUGUAUGUUAUAUUUAAAUGUUAACAGUCAUUUUUUAUUAAACUACCUAGCUAGAAAUUCAUUGUUGUGGGAAAAGCCAGAUCCAUCAGAAUUUUAAUCUGAAGGUACAAUGUACUAUAAUUUGUGACGUUUUUUUUUUUACUUUCCCCUAGACCUAAAUAUUUAUAGCUAGGUAGAUUGAAUCAAGAACAAAUAAAUUCACAAAAACAUUUAUUUUAUAAUUAUUUAUAUCUUCUUUUGUUAAAUAAAAUAUGAAAAGAACUGAUUGAAGACUUGAGUUUUUUUCCUAGAACACAAAAGAUGAAU